AUGUCUCAGACAUACAUGCCCAUCCGGCCAGUGGCCAAGGCAGAGGAUGUUCAGGACGCUUACAAUCAACAUAAAGACCGCCUUGUGAACGCUAUAGACUCGACAAAAUCCAUCCUAAGCGACAUUCGCAGCUUCAACAAGGAUGAUUGGGUGGUUCGUUAUCCCCAAUUGAAGGAAGAACCUUCUACCACUGCUCCAAACACCCCGCUUCGCUCGCUUUCUUUCGCGGAUGACCCUUCCAACGUGACUCCGGUUCGACUUGGUCCCACCCGCUCUCUGUCCUACUCGGAUGCUAAGGAGGAGGAAGCCACUGACGAAAUCCCACCACUCUCGUCAGAUUUCCAUGUUUUACGGCUUGACCUGAAGCUGGGGAGCGCUUCAUCCGCCAACACGGCCUCUUCACUUGUCUCACAACUCGAAAAGUCUUCCAUUGCGCACUUACUGGACGAGCGUCUCGCCAACUCCAUUGCCCACAUCGACAAACUUCGCCUUCGCGUUCAGGAUACCUCGUCCAAGGUUCUUGUCACUGGUGACCUCAAUGCGGGUAAAUCGACCCUCGUCAACGCCCUUCUUCGCCGCCAAAUCAUGCCUGUCGACCAACAGCCAUGCACAACUGCCUUUUGCGAGGUUCACGAUGCGACGGAGAACGGAGAUGUGGAGGCCGUCCAUAUCGUCAAAGCUGGGGCCGCAUACGACCCAGCUGAUGACUCUACAUUCACUCUGGCUGCUAUCGAGGACCUCGAAGACAUCAUUGCUGAGUAUGAGACUAAAGAUGCAGAGCACCUGCUCAAGGUCUAUCUGGCUGGCAAGGAUCAGAACUCGUUACUCUCCAACGGCACUGUCAACAUCUCGCUCAUUGAUGCUCCUGGCCUCAACCGCGACUCGAUCAAAACUACAGCUCUCUUCGCCCGCCAGGAGGAAAUUGAUGUCGUCGUGUUUGUUGUCUCUGCGGAAAACCAUUUCACUCUCUCCGCCAAGGAGUUUUUGUGGACAGCCAGUAAUGAGAAGGCAUACCUUUUCAUUGUUGUCAAUAAGUACGACAUGAUUCGGAACAAGGAUAAAUGCAAGCGUAUCGUUCUCGAGCAAAUCAAAGGUCUCAGUCCGCGAACUUGGGAAGAUUCCAACGACCUCGUUCAUUUUGUUGACUCGGCAUCGGCCGUCAAUGAUGACAAAGAAUCGUUCGCGUUCGACGAGAUGGAGGCUGCUCUUCGGUCCUUCGUCCUUACCAAGCGAUCCAAAUCCAAGCUGCAGCCUGUUGAGACAUUCUUACUCAACCUUCUCGGCGACAUCGAGCUGCUCGCGUCGGCCAAUAAACUUGUCGCCGAGGCAGAGGUUGCUCAGGCGCGUGCGGAACUGGCAGAGGCUAAGCCCGUCCUCGAGAAGAUGAAAUCUGGUCGGGACAAAUUAGAGGAGGGUCUGGAAAGCGUGGAAGAGGAGGGCGUCGGGAAAACCAGCACCAAAGCGAAGAAAGUCCUUUCGGAUGCUCUGGAGCAGGUUGGCAGCGGUCGGCCGUUCGGCAGUCUCCAGUUGCCUUCAUACCCUGGACUUUUAUCCGUCUGGGAUUACGCACGUGAUGUGCGCCGUAUCCUCCUGGAAUCGCUCGACCUUGCUGUGAAGCUUGCGGAGGAUGAGGCUCGCACUGUUACCUCUGAUGGUGUAGUCCAAAUCAAAAACCUGGGCGAAGAGCAUCUCCCUGCUGGUGUCGAACGCAGUCGCCGUAUUUUCAUGCCUGAAGCCAUGUUCUCCGCAGUCCGUCGCGGCAAGGGUUCAAAUGGACUCAAGACACGCGGAAAGGCUGUCGUUGUAGCUGGUGGAGCUCAUGGUCUUGGCAUUGGUCUGGCUAGCCGCCCGGAAAUGCAGGAGACCACAUUCCUCGAUUUGUUUGACGUGAACCAUCAGUUCUUCUUACACUUUGGCGAUGGAUCCAAGUCGUCGUCUGAGGCAGACUCUACCGCUGGCGCACUCAGUGUUGUUGGUGUUGGUGUCGGCGCUCUCACUAUGGUUGGGGGUCAAGCUGUUGGCGUCCGAGGUGUUAUCGAAGGCAUGGUCCGUUUGAGCGAUUUCUUCAGCAACGAGAAUGCACGCAAAUGGGCUUUGCCUGUUGUUGGCGCAGUCACAAUUGGAGCUGUGGUCUAUGUCAUUCUUGAACUGCCCAGCUCUAUCCCGCGUACCAUUGGCCGGCGCAUCAAAGUCUCCGUCGAGGCCGAGGAGGACGACCACCAAUGGGAGUCUGAAAACAUUGCUCGAAUCGGCCGUGAAACCCGUAAGGUGCUUCGUUUGGCAUCGUGGGAUCUUCGUGAGCGGUUCCGUGGCGCAAUGGAGGAGCGGGGCAAAGAAGUCAAGAAUGCAGAAGAAAACGAGAAGCGAGCGCUCAAGGCCCAAGAAUGGUUUGCCAGCGUUGGCGAACGCGUUGGUAAUGUCAGGGUGAAUGCACGUUUCGGUGAGGUAUCAGCUGUUUGA